GUGCGACAGUGCAGCAGUGUGCCUCCUAAGAACUUUUUCUCGGUUGUGUAUCUGUUGCGUCUGUUGGAAACAUGGAAGUCCUGAGUGUGUGCGACUGGAGCAAAGACGCGCUGCAGGCGGUGGCGGCGCUCGGCGCGCGGCUGCAGCAGACUCCCAGAGUCGUGGAGAGAGGCUGCGACCUGGAGCUGGAGGAGUCCAGCUACGAACCUGGACUGAUGCUCGUGGAUAGCGCCAGUGACCCACGCGCCUGGCUGGCCUCGGUGCAGCCUUCUGGCACAUGCGCGGCACACGCCUCUUCACCCGAAUACCUGCGCCACUCGCCCUGCCCGAGCACCGGCUCCUACCAAGAGAGCGGCUCUCCGGGGUCAUCGGGACAUCCCAGUCCUCACAGCCACAGAAAGUCUGCCAAGAGCCCCUCCUCUUCCUCGCUCAAAGUCAGGGACCUGUGCCGCCUCAAAGGCACCGUCACUGGGUCUGAUGAAGAGAGACACAGAGCCCCGUCCACCAAAUCUGUCAACGGGGUCCAGAAGCAGAGGCGCGUGGCCGCCAACGCGCGCGAGAGGAGGCGGAUGCACGGGCUGAACCACGCGUUUGACGAGCUGCGCAGCGUCAUCCCGGCGCUGGACAACGACAAGAAACUCUCCAAGUAUGAAACUUUGCAGAUGGCGCAGAUUUACAUCAACGCGCUGGCUGAGCUGCUCCAAGGCCCGGUCUCCUCCUCCUGCAGCAGCAGCAGCAGCAGCAGCAGCAACUCUGACAUGUCCAACAGCAGCAGCAGCAGCAGCAGCAACAAUUCGCCAAAGUGUGACAUUUUGCUUUCUGCUGCUGUUGGCUUUGACGCAGCCACAGACAGAGCGUCUCCGUCCCCCGGCAGCUGCAGGACAUCAGCGGCGGCGGUGUCCGUCUCAAACAGCAGUUUACCUGUGCACAUGAGCGGCGCGAGCUUCCGCUCCUCCUUUGACAGUGGUUCGUUUUCUGCUUUGGUGGAAGAGGCGAUGUGUUCGUCCGCCUCUUCGUCCUCCAUCCGGCCUGGCAGCUCGAUGAUGGCUCCGGUCAGUGGCAGGAAAGAGUCUCCACGCAGCGACGGAGAGUUUUCCCCGCACUCUCACUUCAGUGACUCUGACGAAAUCGCGAUGGAGCUCCACUCGAGUGAAGAAGAAGAUCUGUCCGAACUGAAGCUGCCCAGCCACCGUCCAUCAUACAGACUCAUCGCAGAUUAAAAUCACAUAAAAUUAAAAAUUCACUCCACUGACAUGAAGAGAAGAGAACAUUUAUAGCUGCAAAAAGUCAUUUUCAAUUUUUAAUAACAGCGAUUCUAUUUAUCAACUUGUUGAUGAGAUUAUUUUUUAU